AUGACCGUGAGAAGCAGGAGAAUACUGGAAAAUUUCAGAAAUUCGCAAGUUCAAGAUUAUGAGUAUGUGGAUGAAGGCGCGAAGCGUAUGCCGGCCCGAUCACGGAUCUGGCCAAAGAGAGAGAUGUCUAAAAUAUUUGAUCCUCGUUUCAACUACGAGCGCAAAGACCCGUUCCCAAGACGAUCUCCCAUCCACUGGUCCGCUGCCAAUGAAAAGGCCGCAGCUGACCGUCGUCCAUUCACAACGGGUGAUGACUUUAGUAUCCCUCAAUGGGAGAGAGAGUUCUGGGAUGGCUCGUCGUGGGAAGAAAUCUACUAUCGCCAGUACGAGGCUUCAUUUGCACGUGAAGUCAAAGCCUACAGAUGCCUUGGACACCUUAAGGGUUCUACCAUCCCGCGGCUCUAUGGUUUGGGUCGGGUCAUCUCGGGCCACGGCGAAGGUCGUGCCAUAUCCCCCAGAGUGCUUUUCAUGGAGUACAUCCCAGGCGAGAACCUCGCAACCAUCCAAGAUCCCCAUUCAGUCCCUAGUUCAGCAUACCAGGAGCUCGUAAAGGCCGUGAGCACCCUCGCGUCUUUCGGUGUCAUCCAUGCCGAUAUGCGCCCAAACAACAUCGUUGUAUCUAGCAGUCACCCUAGACGAGUGGUGCUCAUCGACUUUGGGCUGUGUCAAUAUCGUUUUGAUGAUGAAUCUGACGACGAUUGGAAAGAAGCUGUCAUAUUCGAAGCGGAUGAGAGGGCACUCCAGCUCUAUAUGAAAAAGUUGGGCAUUUGGCACCAGGAAUGAUACGCAUAAUGCUCGGGAGAAAGUAGGAUGGCUUAAUAUUCCAAAUAUCGAGACCGCAUCUAACCGGCCACGAACUUUUGCAAUGGAGUAGGCAUAACACGGUCCAUUGAUAAACUGGCUCGGGUUGUAAGGUAUUAGCAGACCCUAAUAUGAUCAUGCUCACUGCAAUCAUAUAU